UGCUGGCUUGCACGUCAUGUUUUGCCGCACAAGCACAAGAGGAAAAGGAGGACGCCAGCAAGCAAGCAAGCAAGCAAGCAAGCCACUCACUCAGCCAACACAACACAACACGCCACCCACUUUGGCUCUUGCUGCCUUGCCUUGCUUGCUGGCUUGUUGCUUCGUACCCUCCUGCUCCUCCUCUUCCUCGUCCUCGCUCCAGCAGCUUGCUUGGUUCGUGUGGCCGGUCAUUUGUCGCAACAAGCCAUACUCAUCUCCUGCGACAUCACAUCACCAACCAGCCUCUGCUUGUCCACCUCCCCACUUUGAUGAACAGGCUACUCGAGCAAUCAUCGCAAAGCAAACAAACCACAGUCAGCGUAUUCGUUCGCCUGCCAUGACGAGCGUCGACGAUACACAGCGGCCCUUGGCCCUGCAUCGCGUCGACGUGCAGCCGGUCCAGGUGGCAGAGGCACCACCAGGCCUUCGCCACCACCACCAUCACCAGCACCACGAUGAUGAUCAUGAUCAUGAUGGUGAGGAUGAGGAUGAUGAUGGCGACUACGGUGUUUACAGUCCCGACCGUGCACAUGAUCAAGCGUUGCGUGACGCUGGUGGAUCAGCGGACACAUUUGACAGCGCCUCUGUCUUCUCAUUCUCAGACGAGUCUGUCCAGCUUCCAAAUCAGAUUGACCGCUCCCUGUCUCCCUUUACAUCCAUCACGCCGCCGCUCCCUCGCAUGCAAGCCUCUGCAUUCCACAACCACCACCAUCACACCACCCAACAGCAGCACCAACAACAGGCAUAUCAACACCACAGAACUCGACACAGCAGCUUGAGAGAAAGCAGUUCGCAGCAAGAGGCGCAGCAGCAUCAAUCUCGGCAUCGUCGCUCCAUGGGCCGCUCGUACUCUCACACCUCCUUCCAACCCAUCAGCUACGACGUCGGAAGCGCGCAGCACCCACACCACCAUCACCAGCAGCAGCCGCAGCAACAACACCACCACCACCACGCACUGCCAGCGACAUAUUCUGUGAGCCACGCUUCUUGGGCAGUGGCAGCUUCGCAGCCGGCUCGCGCCGCAACCGCUGUAAGUCCCACAGCACCAUCGCGGCCACAGUGGAGCGCAUCAAUCACAGCUGCGGCGGCGCGUCAACCCAGGGGGCGCACACCAUCGGCACGCGGCCGCCCAACGACGGCAGCACAUCAGCAGCAGCAGCACCAGCACCACCACCAUCACCAGCAUGGUGGUGCUUUGUGGAUGACUGCGCCUGCGCACAGAUAUGGCGAGGCAACCUCGAACGCAAUGGAUCUCUCCCAGACGUUCACGGCGUUGUCCAUGGGCUCACACCAUGCAGUGGACGAUGAUGGCCAGAGCGCAACGAGACCAACAAUAACAACGAACACCGCCACAAACGACAGCGACAACAGCAACAGCCUUCAUGGCAGUGGUCACGGCGUGGACACGACACGCGCGUGGUUGUCGCGCGCACCGCGUGAUGAUGUGGAGGCCUAUGUGGCGCAGCUGCACCAACAGCUACAGGAUGCCAACACGUCGCUGGCGCUGGCCCAAACAAUGGGGCGCCCAACCUGCAGCACGUGCGAGCGGCAAUACGGCGCAGACAACACGCCGUUCCUCAUCCAGUGCCAGACGUGUCUGAACGAGACCGGACUUGGCGAGAUCGCCACACCACACGGCCGCCACACAUCCACCCGCCAGCACAGCUACGACAGCCACGACUCCCACCACCACCACCACCACCACCACGAUCACCAACAGCAGCUACACUCGCGUGCUCAGAGCCGUGAGCACCAGCAGCACCACCAGCACCAGCGCGGGGAGGGCGCGCAUACAUUUCAGCACCGUGGUGAGCCCGUGCUCCCGUCCGUGUGGCGUGGUGGCGUGGACGACAGCGGGUUUGUGGACGCCGGCACUGGUGACAGCGCUGCUGUUCCGCGUGGCGUUGCUCCUCCUCUUCCUCCACCUCCUCGUGCGACUGCUGCUGAUGAUAAUGGUGAUGAUGGUGAAGGUGUUGGUGCUUCUGUCGAGGAUGAGCCGGCGGUUCGCGAUGGCCGCCAGCGCCCGGCAACAACACCGCCCCGCAUGCGCUCACGCUCGCGCACGACCUCCCAUCGUCGGGACACGUGUGCAAUCCACCCCUUACCGACCACCACCAGCAGCAGCAGCAGCAGCAGUAGCAGUCGUGGUACUGCCUACGGCGACGUUGGUGGCGGUGGCAGCAAGCAGCGAGGUGGCGCAAGCGUCCACCCGGACAUGAUCGUGGGCUGCGUGGUGCCGGAUGCAGAGUUUAUCAAGGCGGUCAAGAACGGCGUGGAGGACAGCGGUGACAUGGUGCACCCGGACAAUCUGUGCUGCCCCAUCACCUUUGACCUGUUUGUGGACCCCGUUGUUGCCAGUGAUGGCAUCACGUACGAGCGAGCGGCCAUCGAGGCGUGGCUGCAAGACAACCGCAUGUCGCCCCUCACGCGCUGUCCCAUGAGCCGCAACCUCUUCCCAAACGUGCUUGUGCGCAAGCUUGUCGGCGAGUACCGCGAGGCAUUUGGCAUACCGCCACCGACACCGCCCGCGCAGCACGCGGCGACAGACCUCGGCGACCUUGGCGAUGGCGGGCGUGCUGCCAACGCCAACAACAGCGGCCGUGAUGACGCCGAUGGUGACGAGCCACAGUACGCGGAGAUGCUCGGGCUUUCCACAGGCGGCAGCGGCGGUGUGCACGGCGACUCGCGAUCGCUGCAGCAGCUGAUGGAUCUCCUCUUCACCAUUCAGCGCAGCGCCAACACGGGCACGGGGAGCGACACCUCGUCCGACCUUGGCCACCGCGGGGGCGAGGACGACGGCAUGGGCGCGUGGGGCCAACAGGAGCAGCCGUCACGGCGUCGUAUUCGCCACGCCUCUCGCCUCCGCCGCCGCUUCUCAUCGCGUGUGGAGGGCGCGCAGUGCACCAUCUCCUGA